AUGUUUUUUCUGCAAUUCACUGGCCUUGUCACUGAGAGUGCUGAGGCACCAGUACUACGCUAUGCCUUCAAUGCUUUCUACUACAUGGGUGCACCAAUAAGCACACCCUACCAUAACUGUCCUGCACUAUCUGCCUUACCUGCCUCACCACCUUCUUUACCUUCCUCCGCACUACCUCCCGUCCUGCAGAAUCAGAUCUACCUCACCACCCGACUUCCCGUCCGUCGUCUUGUCUUAUCCGAAUCAGCAAUUGCCUGGACAGGACGUUGUGUGGUGGUCGAUGUGGACUCUAAUGCUUUCCACUCUUCUUACCCUUGCCUGACCUUCCCCGGCACUGGACUGACGACCUCAAUCGUCUUGCAUCCGCUUUUUGUUGUGCUGCGCCGCGUCGUUCCUUAA